AUGUGCCGCAAAGUAGUCUUCGCCGGCAUGUGCUCCCACUGCAAUGGUGGCCCCUUCGAAUGGACUCUCCUCUCCCGCGAGCUCCCCUGCCUCGACGCGAAAAACAGCGGCCUCUUUGGCGGCUGCCCGACCGGCGUCGAGAGGGACGAGAAGCAACACGAGCAAGAAUGCGCCGCCUGCGAGGCGCUGCUGGGCGCGGACGAGGGCUACGGGCCCGGCAUGGAGGACGAAGAGACACUCGGGUUUGUGGGUUACUACACCGGCGACUUUGGCGCCAUCCCCCCCCCCACCACCACCACCACCGCCAGCAAUCCCACCGGUAGUGGUGAUGGCCAUCCCAGUCACAUCACGCAUCAUCAUCAUCAUCACGUCAAGAAGGGGAGCGGGGAGUACCACGACUGGAACGUGGUGGCUGUUGGUGCUGCUGCUGCUGCUGCUGCUGCGGAUCAUGACUAUCAUCACAAGAAAGCAUACAGUGCUGACAAGAGUGUUGCUGGUGGGCAGGCGUCAGGGAUGAGGCGAUCGUCAGAGAGGAGGGGGAGCGGGGGGGAUGAGUCGAGGAGGAAGAAGAAGCAGCGCAAGACUUGA